GUCACGUUGGAGGAGGGCUUGAAGUUCCUUAUGUUUACAUCCUUUCAACUAGUCACCAGGACCUGUAUAUCGCUCAAAUAAAGUCACUGGAAACCGGUUUAACAAGUUACCACAAUCGGAAUGGCUACUAAAAAGAAGCGCACGCCUAAUUCAAAGAAUAGCAGCUGGGUUGCAAUAACUGCAGAAUCGGCCAUCGACACAGCCAAGGAUGGAGAUCCAGCUUUCUUGACAUUGAGAAAUCCUACAACAGACGCAGCAUCAUUGUACCUGUUCAGCAGCGGCGAUCUGCAGCCGUAUGAGGUCAAAGCUUUUACAGAAGACUGCCACUCCUGGUUAAUCGGACAGACCGUGCAGAGAGAUGGAAGACUUCUCUAUAUAACCCCGAUGGAUCCACUGUAUCUUAUGUUGCCCUAUCUGGUGAAAGCUGCCAAAGAGGGCAAGUUCCAGCCUCUGGAUCAAGUGGUCAUGGAUGAGGAAUUCCCUGCCUGCUCCAGGCUGCUUAGCUGUGCGCGGUCCCUGUCCUCUGUGCACCUCGUUGCAGAGGAAAAAGAGGUUGGGGGCCGGAAGUUUCACAGAUACAGCCAAGAGAAGGCAAUGCAAUGGUUAAGUAAAAAGGUGGAUAGGACGGUGACCGCUCUCAAGAGGAGCAACGUCUCUGUUGGAGAAGGAGUGAAGUCUCGGACCUAUGUCAGGGUGAAGACAGUGUCGGACACAAAUGACGAAGAUAACCUUCGCUACGCCCAUGGCCUCGUAUCAGAGUACAUCGACGAAGACCUGAGCAAAGCCCUGCGCAAGCACCUGCAGUUGCCAGAGCCGACGAGCCUGAAGGAGACAGGGCCUCCUACCAAGAAACGUAAGAUGUCGGAGUUGCCCGUGGAGGCUGGGGAGGACUUCAGCAAAUUCAACAGCUCAGAUUUUGCCCGUAAACCGCCCAAGAAGAUGACUCUGGCUCAGAAAACUCUGGCCAAAGUGGACAAGUCUGGCAUGAAGACAAUGUCCGCCUUCUUCAGCCCCAAGGUGAAGGCGGAGAGGAAGUGAAGGCCACACAGUAUACCCACGGGCCUUCCUGUGUAGGAGGGCCUUGUGUUUUUCUAAGAAAUUAAAAUAAUCUAUAUCUCUA